AUGAAAGGAUUUCAACAAGAAUGGGCCCUGGCUUCUUACAAUAGGCAAGAAAGGCUUUUUAAUAGCCUGCGGCAUGAAAGUAGUGAUUCUGAUGAAAUCUCUUCAGAUGUCAUCAUAACAUUGGCCAAUAAUAUUGUCAAUUCUUACGAAAAAAACAAUAUUGACACAAAUUCCAUAAUCCAAUUAUCAGAAAAUCUUAUUAAAAAUAACUCAUUAUCGGUCAUUUCUUUCGAGCAAAUGAAUUUUUUACAAAUAUUGGUUUCCAUCUUUCAAAAUUCAAAUGAAGAGAAUUUGUUACAUGCUGUUCUAAGAAUAUUCAUAGUUUGGACCCAUAAAUGGGAACAGAAAGUAGGUAUUUUAACAAAAGAAGAAUUUUCUGUUUAUCUUACACAAUUUAUCUUUAUAAAUAAUACUCCAAUCUCCUGCAUAUAUCUUUCGUUAAACCUUUUGAACCGAUUGCUUAUAAUUCAACCUCUUUUGAAAAUUAAAUUAAUAGAAGAACUAGAUAUCUUUAAAAACCUUGUAUCUCUAUUUGCCAAUUGCGAUAAUGAAAAGCUACGUGAUGAAAUUCUUCUUUGCAUUUGGAGUCUAUUACAUACAAUUCCACACCCAGACUAUGAGCACAUAUCGUCUGUAACCGAUCUAUUUAUAGAUUUAUUUUCAGAUCCAUCAGCUCCCAAUUUCGAAAAAAGAGUUUAUAUUGCUUCAGUUUUUGCAGAAUGUAGCGAAAAUUGCGCGUUUGUUUUAUGCGAACUUUUUAGUCCCGCAGAAAUUCUCCCCAAUUUUGAAACUUAUUCCGAUGAGGUAAAAAUAUCGAUUCUUGAUCUCAUUAAUACUAUCCUACUAACUGAUGAUACAUGUACUUCUAUGUCAGUUAUUUCAGGCCUUACUCUUGAUUUCUUUGGUGGAGUUGCUGAUUCCGAAAAUGAAGAUUUAAUUCUUAGCUCUGUACGAAUGUUGUGCGCUUUACUCAGAAAUGAAGAAUGUACACAUGAGUUGAUACAAUCAGCCCUUGAUGAUGGAGUGAUGGAGCAAUUAUUUAUUUGGUACGAUAACGGUACUUUCCAAUUGAAGCGAUACUCAGCUAUUGCUUUACUUCAAGCGUUGUCAUUCCAAACACAAUAUGUUUUUCACCCAUUUAUAGUAGAUAAAGGAUUUUUCGAACUAAUGGUCAAUUUCUUAGACCUUGGAUCUCAAAUUGUAACCAAAGAAGUUUUACAUGCAAUAUUGAUGAUUGAUAACUACUGUAGUGUGAAACAACCAUCAAUAUCCGAACUUAUUAACUCAUUAAAUCUUAAGAAAGAAGCUUUAGGAAUUGAUCCAUUUGAUCCUUCAGAUCUAGCUAAUUUAGAUACUAUCCGCGAAGGAUUGAUGAUUCUUAAUGAUGAACCUUUGUCAUUUUAA